UUUUUUUGUACAGAUUAUUGUUAUUCUUAUUAUUAUUAUUUAUAAUGAAUGAAUCAUCAUGUUCUACUAUAUUGGAUCAUCAGUUGGAUCAUUGUCAUUGGUAGGAACUCAUCUGUUCAUUUCAAUGAUCCCAUUUUCAGAUUUUACCAUCAUCAGAUAAGAAAUUUUCAUUUUUUUUUCUUCUUUUGCUGCGGGGACGUUCGGAUGCCGAGAAUCAACACACUAGGGUUGAUUCCCGAUUUCCAAUUUUGGAUUAGACGAUUUGACAUAUGAGGAGCUACCUCAUGUAACUUUCCAAACCUAGAAGUCAUCCCAAAUAUAGUAAAAUUUUUUCGCUAUUCUUG